CGACAUUUGCCGGUUCAUUGUUUACAAAUAUUGUUUGAUUGUUACAUUUAAAACUUUAAGUAUAAAAUGAGGACAAGUCAACUCCAAUAUGAAAUAAUGGUGGAAUUCAUGGAAAGGAAUGGGGAUUUGUCUAAACCCUCGGGCGGCCCCCGGGGUCGCAGUUACAUCCAGGCCAAAUGGAAGGAGCUGACCUCAAAAUUAAACUGUGAAGGCUCGGGAGAACCUAGGUCUGAGGAAAAGUGGAGAAAAGUUUGGAGCGAUUACAAAAAUAACUGCAAAAAGAAGUGUGCGAAAAUUAGCAGGGCAGCUAGUGGCACUGGUGGUGGGCCUGCACUCCAAUUAUGUUUGACUGACCUUGAAAACAGGGUCAUGCAAAUAGUUGGAGUGCAAGCGGCUACUGGCAUGGCAGUGCAAGAAGCUGGCUUUAAUUUGGUUUGCUUAUUACAUUAUUUAAGUUUUAUCUAAUUAUUAAGUUAAUAUUGAUUAGUUGAUGAUUAUAUAAAUCUGAUUACAGAUUGGAAUAUUCCUGGGACCAGCAGCGAGCCAACUGUAUUCCCACCUUUCACCGUUCCCCACGAAGCCUGCCCUUCGCCAGUGCCUCCACCAACACCACCAACACCACCAACCACCAAUCCUCCAAUCGAGGAAGAGAGCUGGAAGCCUCCACCAGCGAAAAAGUCCAAGGCUAGUUUAAUUAAAAUGUGUGUAGAGAAUGACAGGAAUGCUAGAGAGUAUGCUAGAGAGCGUGAGAAAAGAUAUGAUAUGAUAGAACAAGAGCGUUUGGAUUUGCAACGAGAGGAGUUAAGAAUAAGAGAGAUGGAUAUACGAGAGAGGGUAAGACAGAGAGAUGCAGAGCUCUCUUUACAGGCUCAGUGGCAGGAGAUUACGAAAGAGGCACUGAAUGUUUUAAAAAAAUUUUUAGAAAAAAAGGAAGAUUAGGUAUUUAUAAUUUUAUUUUAAGGGUUAAGAUUAGGUUAAAUUAGUUUUUAAGGUAGUUAAGUUAGUUAUACAUAUAUACAUUUUAUUAAUUAAGAGGUUUUUGUAGAAAAACAAUAAAACACUUGAAUUAAG